GAUCAAUAAAUCAGAGAAACCAGAAAGCUGUGAUAAUGUGAAGGUGGUUGUUAGAUGCCGACCCCUCAAUGAGAGAGAGAAAUCAAUGUGCUACAAACAGGCUGUCAGUGUGGAUGAGAUGAGGGGAACUAUCACUGUACACAAGACUGACUCUUCCAAUGAACCCCCAAAGACAUUUACCUUUGAUACCGUUUUCGGACCAGAAAGUAAACAACUUGAUGUUUAUAACUUAACUGCAAGACCUAUUAUUGAUUCUGUUCUUGAAGGCUACAAUGGGACAAUUUUUGCAUAUGGGCAAACCGGAACAGGCAAAACUUUUACCAUGGAAGGUGUUCGAGCUGUUCCUGAACUUAGAGGAAUAAUUCCUAAUUCAUUUGCUCACAUAUUUGGUCAUAUUGCAAAAGCAGAGGGUGAUACAAGAUUUUUGGUUCGAGUGUCUUAUUUGGAAAUAUAUAAUGAAGAAGUUCGUGAUCUUUUGGGCAAGGAUCAGACACAGAGAUUAGAGGUUAAAGAAAGACCUGAUGUGGGAGUUUAUAUCAAAGAUUUAUCAGCUUACGUGGUAAAUAAUGCUGAUGAUAUGGAUAGGAUUAUGACACUAGGCCACAAAAAUCGUUCAGUUGGUGCAACUAAUAUGAACGAACAUAGUUCCCGUUCCCAUGCCAUCUUUACAAUUACUAUAGAAUGCAGUGAAAAAGGCGUAGAUGGUAACAUGCAUGUCAGGAUGGGCAAGCUCCAUCUUGUAGAUCUUGCUGGUUCAGAAAGACAAGCAAAAACUGGAGCUACUGGACAGCGCCUAAAGGAAGCUACAAAAAUUAAUCUUUCACUUUCUACUCUUGGUAAUGUAAUUUCUGCCUUGGUUGAUGGAAAAAGCACUCAUGUGCCUUAUCGUAACUCUAAAUUGACCCGUCUGCUUCAGGAUUCCUUAGGAGGAAAUUCAAAAACCAUGAUGUGUGCAAAUAUUGGGCCAGCAGAUUACAAUUAUGAUGAAACUAUCAGCACAUUACGGUAUGCCAACCGUGCUAAGAAUAUUAAAAACAAAGCUAGAAUUAAUGAAGAUCCAAAGGAUGCUUUGCUUCGUCAGUUUCAGAAAGAAAUAGAAGAACUGAAAAAGAAGCUUGAAGAAGGGGAAGAAAUAUCGGGCUCUGAUAUCAGUGGGUCAGAGGAGGAUGACGAUGAAGAGGGUGAAGUUGGAGAAGAUGGAGAGAAAAGGAAAAAAAGAAGGGGCAGUGGCAGCAGCAGUAGUUCAGACUCCACAUGCUCUGUCAUAGAGAAACCUCUGGAUAAGUUCUUACCUAACCAAGCAGGUAAAAAGAAAGUUUCCCCAGAUAAGAUGGUUGAAAUGCAAGCAAAAAUUGAUGAGGAGAGAAAAGCACUUGAAACAAAGCUUGACAUGGAAGAAGAAGAAAGAAACAAGGCUAGAGCUGAAUUAGAGAAACGAGAAAAAGAUCUUCUUAAAGCCCAACAAGAGCAUCAGUCUCUGCUGGAAAAAUUGUCUGCUCUGGAGAAGAAGGUAAUUGUUGGUGGUGUUGAUUUGUUGGCCAAAGCUGAAGAACAGGAAAAACUUCUUGAAGAAUCUAACAUGGAACUGGAAGAAAGGAGGAAAAGAGCAGAGCAACUUCGCAGAGAACUUGAGGAAAAAGAGCAAGAACGUUUGGAUAUUGAAGAAAAAUAUACCAGUUUGCAAGAGGAAGCGCAGGGAAAGACCAAAAAAUUAAAGAAAGUUUGGACUAUGCUGAUGGCUGCAAAGUCAGAGAUGGCUGAUCUCCAACAAGAACAUCAAAGGGAGAUUGAAGGCCUACUAGAGAACAUUCGACAACUUAGCCGGGAGCUUCGACUUCAACUGCUUAUUAUUGAUAACUUUAUACCUCGGGAUUAUCAGGAAAUGAUUGAAAACUAUGUCCAUUGGAAUGAAGACAUAGGAGAAUGGCAGCUAAAAUGUGUUGCCUACACAGGAAAUAACAUGAGGAAGCAAACCCCAGUACCUGAUAAAAAGGAGAAAGAUCCCUUUGAAGUGGACCUUUCCCAUGUGUAUCUUGCCUAUACUGAGGAGAGUCUGCGUCAGUCUUUGAUGAAAUUAGAAAGGCCUCGAACUUCAAAGGGGAAAGCAAGGCCAAAGACAGGAAGAAGAAAGCGUUCAGCAAAACCUGAAACUGUAAUUGACUCUUUACUUCAAUAAAUGUUACAGACUUAAAGUCACAAUAAAAAUUAGUAAUAUUCCCAUGACUGGACAGAAUCUUUAAUUGAAACACUGAAGACUUCUCCAUAACUUCAAAUAGUGGAAGCUGUAAAUCAUGGAGUAAGACUGGAAAUAAUAAUUUGCCUAAUAACUUUUAGUCUAUAUUUAUUAAGUUAAUAUAACAUUAACAUUGUACAACUGGUGAUUGUUUAAGCUAUCAUACUACUCUUCAAUUGUACUGUACAGGGAAGUUAGGGGAGCAGAUCAUACUAUAGAUAGUUGCAGUUUAGUUGUAUACGUAAAUUUGUUAGCUAUUUACACAACUACUGUAUAUUUAGAUAACCAGAAUUUCAAAAUAGAAAAAAAAAGUAUGUCCUGUUUUGCACAUAGAAAGUAGCAGAGCAAAUUUCCCUAUUUUGCACUGUUAUGUAUGAAUGUUUGGCCUGCACUUCUAAGAAAUGACUCUGUCUUAAUACUAACCCACCCGGCCUGUUUAAACACAUUCUAAUUUUCUAACAAUCAUUGCAUUUUGAGUGUGAGAUGACUGUUCUUAUUGAUCUUCUGUAGAAAAUUUUGUAAUUCAACAGUCUUUACAAGUAUACAUGUUUUAAAAAAAUUGAAAAUGUGUUUCAUCUGUACCUUUCCUGAUCUUUUUUUGCCAUUUGGAGUUCAAAUCAAAUAUACUUUGUUCUGGUUUCAUGUUCUCUUGAAACAUUGAAUUGUACAAACAUAGAAGAGCCACAGUUGCAGAAAAUUAAGAAGUUAAGUACUGGUCACUUAUCUUUGCUUGUGUGUGCAUUUUUAAAAAUUAAUUUUGAAGUGUGACUUCUGUAUGCUUUUCUUUGUAUGAGUUCUAAAUUUUGGUGAAAAUUAUUCUAAUAGCUCCCAUUUGAGAAGGGUCUCCAAUGUCUAGAAAUUGCAGUUAAAUAAGAAAAAUAUCUUUCAAUCCUUUGCCUUUGAAACACUUUUUUUCAUAUUUUAAAAGAAAAUAUUUUCCCCUGAAUUUCUUCUGUUGAUUAAUCCAGUUAAACCAUAUUCUUCUACAGAUAAAUAUUUUGUUUAUUUUAUAGUAAAAUAUGUUGUAAUAGAACUAUUCAUUCUUUUGUUAGCUGCUUACUAAAUAUUUUGGAUGGAAAGUUAUGCUACUUCUAAACCACUGAAUUUAUGUUAUGUAGAUUUUAAAUUAUGUAAUUAGCCCUGAAAUACAUUAGUUGCAAAGGUUUUGAGACUUUAUUAUUUUGAGACUUUAUUUUGAAUAUUUAUUAAAUUAGUAUUAUUUUAAUAAGUUUGGUUAAAUCUUGGUUUAUAAUUCAGAGCUGUGUAUAGAGUGGGAGUGAGUGAAGGUGGUAUAAUACAGAAGUGAUGGUAAAAGUGUGUCCAUAAAUUUAAAGUACAUUUCCAGAAGUGGAGUAAUCCAUAUCCUGUGUAUGAUGAGCAUUUUCUAGGUAAUAAGAAUUGCAUUUCACUGGCAGCAUUUUCUUUGUAGUGUGUAAGAUAGUUAGAAGUUUAGAACUUUACUCUAUGGGGGCAUUGUUUAGGUACUGUGAAGACUUGAGGUAAAUACAUGUCUUGUAAAAGCUUUGUGUGAACAGAAUAUUUUGGUAAUUGUAAAAUGUUUUUGAUGAUGCACGUUUAAUUCUGUUAGUAAUUACUCUACAAAAAUCUUAAUUUUACCAGUAGAAAAAAAAGAUCAAUGCUUCUUUUUAAAAGUUCAAGUUUCUAGCCUUUAGCAAUUUAGUUAAUAGGAAAGGAAUAACUUCUGAAUUAGGCUUUACAACAUUAUAGAAAUUUAAGCCAGUUUGUUAGGUAUUUUUCCUAUCUUGCCCUAUCACAAUACAAAAAUCUAUAAAAAGGCAAUCUUAGACAAAGUCAGUUGAGAAAUUCUUAAAGUUGGCUACUAUACCAUUUUUUAAAGAGUAUUAUGUUAGAGCUAUUUCUACCAGAUGGACAUGAAAUAUCCAUCCUAUGAAAUAUCCAAAUUUGAUAAUCAAACUAGGCCUGAAUAUUCAUAUGAAAGUAUCAGACACUGGCUUUAGAGCUACUCACUUAGCUCCAGUCGGAGCAGUUCUGUGGUUUCUUCAUAUUUUCAUGUCUUUGUCCACAAAUGAGAUAUUUUGUAACUUCAGUGUUAAUUUUGUGAAAGGAUAUAGAUGAACACACUUGCUCAUUAUUUUAAAUAAAUAUGCAGAUUUAAAAUUAGUGGCACAUAUAUAGAGAGAAUAGGUCAUUGAAUGUGUAUUCUUUUUUCUCUUUAAUCUAAAAAGUAAUAUUUAUUUAUUAAAAGGAGCUUUGGUAGAGUUAUUGGUUUAUAGUAUGUUCUUUAAUAAACCUUAUUAGUUAUAUAUACUAAUAGUUAGGGUAUUAAAAUAUAAUAGUAUUCCCCAUUUUUGUUUAGAUUCUUUUUAAGUAUUAGGUUAAUCAAGGGGAGGGUUUGUAGCUACAUGUUUGACAAGCUAUUCCAUUUACUUUCUGGAGAAAAGGGAUUUUUAUUUAUUUAUUAUUAUUUUUUUUAUUUUGCAACUAGAAAUUUAAAGUUACUUUGGGGGAGGGGGUGGUGCUUCUUCAUUGGUAACGUAUUUUUAAAAUUGUCUUUUGUUUGUUUUGUUCCUUUUGAGUCUGUUUUUAGUAUCUUUCCCCUUAACUCUUAUCUUGAGGAAAGUCCUCUUUACUACAGGGCUGUGAAUUAAGGAAUGGGUAGAGUUUACAUUUAAGCACGCCAGUGUCUGCCCAAUUUCUUAAUAUAUACAUUUGUUUUCCUUUUUAAUGAUUCUUUGUUCUUAAAAUACUAGAAGAAAAUGUAGAUGUUUCUAGUGCCUUUGAACUUAUACUGUAGUCUGACUAAUUUAAAUCAUUAAUAACUAUAGUAGCAUUACUGUAAUACUGUAUACUGCCCCAAACUAAAACUGUACAGUAAGUUUGUUGCAUCCAUUUCAAAAGCCACAAUUUCACUGUAUUUUAUGUAUAAAUCAUAUUUGUUCAAGUUGUAUAUAUUGAUAUUGUAUGUAUACAUGCAGCAUGGUUAAAUAAGAAUAAAAAUCUUUUAUUUAA